UGUAGCUAGCAUUUCCCCCCCAAAAAGUUUCCCUGCUUGGCUUCUAUUUGGUGUGAGUGAUGCCGAAGUAGCUCCUGUGCUGAAUGGACAACUUAUCUAGUUGGUUGGACACCGAUCUCGUCCAGAUCGUAGCCGCCGUUGUGGUGGCCUUUCUGGUCUUGGCGAUCGUCCGCACGACCACCGAACUUUGUGAAGAAUGUCCGGAUGAGAGAUUGGAGGGGGCAGCUAGGAAUGCACAGAAUGAAAGGGGUAAUCCGGAUCUAACAUCCGGCAGUUACGGCGACGUGGCGGAAUGCGGCCCCCGAGGCUCUCAGAAUUCCUUUGACUACGACUGGAUCAGGGGACCACACACCUGGAAUGCGCCAUUAAACAACCAGAGCCCCAUCAACAUAGAUGUGGGCUGCUUGGAGAUAAAAUAUUUUGAUACCCCGCUUAUGUGGUCCCAUUACGACGACAUGCCCCUGGGCAUCCGCCUGGAGAACAACGGGCAUACCCUCACCCUGCGAGCCGCUUUCCAGGGGCCAACGCCUUCCAUCUACGGCGGGGACUUGCUUGGUCGCUUCCACUUCUGGGAGAUCACCUUCCGCUGGAGCUGGUUUAGUUUGAACGGGUCGGAGCACACAAUCAACCAUAGGCACAGUCCACUAGAGAUGCAGUGCCUUCACACGGACGCCGACAGCCAGCACUGCGCCUCGUCCCAGGGCGUACUCGUGAUAUCCUACCUGUUUGAUCUGUCCGAGGACAAUCCGUUCCUGGACGUGCUUGUCCAGCAUCUGGUGGCCGUGCAGCAAGCCGGCCAGACGGUGGAGAUUCCUCCCUUUCCGCUGGGCUACCUGAUGCCCGCCUUCCACACCGAGUUCUUCAGUUACCACGGAUCCCUGACGGAGCCACCGUGCCACCGCGGGGCGGAGUGGUUUAUCCAGCCGGUGGCCUUGGCCAUUAGCGAGCGCCAACUGAAUGAGUUCAGGCAGCUGAGGGACAGGCGUGGAGGACGUAUUGGAAGAAAUGCCAGGCCGGUGCAAGCACUCGACGAUCGAACGGUCUACGUGAAUCAGUAUCAAGCUUGACCAGGAAUAUUUCAGUUUCUAAAUUUUAUAAAAAAAAAGUGAAUUUUAUAUUUCAUAUUUCUUCAUGCAAGCAUUUCUGCAAUUUAUCAUGAAAUUUGUUAUAAUUAUAAUUAAUUAUAAUCAAUAUUAAUUUAAGGCAAAGAUUUAAAUUUAAAUAAUAGGAUUGAAAUUGUAUUUUGAUAAUCAAAAGUAAAUUUCCCAAUGUUUCAUCCCCUUUA